AGGGGCGAGAGGGGGAGGGGGAGCUCCGCACGAGACCGAGCGGCCCGGGUUGGAGCGCCCAGCCCCGCAGCGGAUCAUGGUGCAGCAGGCCGAGAGCUUGGAAGCGGAGAGCAACCUGCCCCGGGAGGCGCUGGACACGGAGGAGGGCGAAUUCAUGGCUUGCAGCCCGGUGGCCCUGGACGAGAGCGACCCGGACUGGUGCAAGACGGCGUCGGGCCACAUCAAGAGGCCGAUGAACGCGUUCAUGGUGUGGUCCAAGAUAGAGCGCAGGAAGAUCAUGGAGCAGUCUCCGGACAUGCAUAACGCCGAGAUCUCCAAGAGGCUGGGGAAGCGGUGGAAAAUGCUGAAGGACAGCGAGAAGAUCCCGUUCAUCCGGGAGGCGGAGCGGCUGCGGCUCAAGCACAUGGCCGACUACCCCGACUACAAGUACCGGCCCCGGAAAAAGCCCAAAAUGGACCCCUCGGCCAAGCCCAGCGCCAGCCAGAGCCCCGAGAAGAGCGCGGCGGGCGGCGGCGGCGGCGCGGGCGGCGGCGCGGGCGGCGCCAAGACCUCCAAGAGCUCGAGCAAGAAAUGCGGCAAGCUCAAGGCCCCCACGGCCCCCGCGGCCGGCGGCGCCAAGGCCGGCGCGGGCAAGGCGGCCCAGCCCGGGGACUACGGCGGCGCGGGCGACGACUACGUGCUCGGCAGCCUGCGCGGGAGCGGCGCGGGCGGCGGCGGCGGCGGCGGCGCGGGCAAGACGGUCAAGUGCGUGUUCCUGGACGAAGACGACGAGGACGACGAGGACGACGACGAGCUGCAGCUGCGGAUCAAGCAGGAGGCGGACGAGGAGGACGAGGAGCCGCCGCACCCGCAGCUCCUGCAGCCGCCCGGGCAGCAGCCGCCGCAGCUGCUGAGACGCUACAACGUCGCCAAAGUGCCCGCCAGCCCCACGCUGAGCAGCGCGGCCGAGUCCCCCGAGGGCGCGAGCCUCUACGACGAGGUGCGGGCCGGCGCGACCGCGGGCGCCGGGGGCGGCAGCCGCCUCUACUACAGCUUCAAGAACAUCACCAAGCAGCACCCGCCGCCGCUGGCGCAGCCCGCGCUGUCGCCCGCGUCCUCGCGCUCCGUCUCCACCUCCUCCUCCUCCUCGUCCUCGUCGUCGUCCUCGUCCAGCAGCAGCAGCGGCAGCAGCAGCAGCAGCAGCGGCGGCGAGGACGCCGACGACCUGAUGUUCGACCUGAGCUUGAAUUUCUCCCAAAGCGCGCACAGCGCCGGCGAGCAGCAGCUGGGGGGCGGCGCGGCGGCCGGGAACCUGUCCCUGUCUCUGGUGGAUAAGGAUUUGGAUUCGUUCAGCGAGGGCAGCCUGGGCUCGCACUUCGAGUUCCCCGAUUACUGCACGCCCGAGCUGAGCGAGAUGAUCGCGGGGGACUGGCUGGAGGCGAACUUCUCCGACCUGGUGUUCACGUAUUGAGAGGGGCGCCCCGCUUCUCGCUCUUUCUCUCGGCGGGUGCAGAGCAGGGCUCCUUGGGAGGAAGUCGUGGUGGUCGUG